AUGUACCAGAGCCACAAGACUGCGGCGGCGAUGAGAUGGCAUGCUGAGCACAAAUCUAAGGAGGGAGAAAUGUGUCAUCCUUCAGAUGCGGCGGAGUGGAAAUAUUUUCAAGAACAAAAUCCUCGAUUUGCAGAAGAACCCCGUAACGUUUAUCUUGGAUUAUGCACUGAUGGGUUCAAUCCGUUUGGCGUGUCUCGUAAUCAUUCAUUGUGGCCUGUGAUCUUGACUCCAUACAAUCUACCCCCUGGUAUGUGCAUGAACGAAGAGUUCUUGGUUCUUACAAUUUUGAAUUCUGGGCCAAAUCAUCCGCGAGCUAGUCUGGAUAUCUUCCUCCAACCUUUGAUUGAGGAGUUAAAAGAGUUGUGGUCUACUGGAGUCGAUGCAUACGAUGUUUCCUUGAAUGAAAAUUUUAAUCUAAAGGCAGCUAUAAUGUGGACGAUAAGUGACUUUCCGGCGUAUGGCAUGUUAUCAGGAUGGACAACCCAUGGAAAAUUGUCUUGUCCAGUUUGCAUGGAAGAUACAAAGUCGUUUUAUCUCCCUAAUGGAAGGAAGGUGUGUUGGUUUGAUUGUCAUUGGAGAUUUCUUCCUCACGAUCAUCCAUUAAGGAGGAAUAAGAAAGACUUUCUAAAGGGAAAAGAUGCUUUGAGAGAGUAUCCACCUCAGUCGUUGACCGGUGAGCAAGUUUAUUACGAGCGGUUGGCUGAAGUAAAACCACCAAAAACCAAGGACGUUGGUGGAAAUGGUCAUGAAAAGAAGACUGCUGGCUAUGGGAAGCAACACAACUGGCAUAAGUUAAGCAUCUUAUGGGAGCUGCCUUACUGGAGGGACCUCAAUCUUCGACACAAUAUUGAUGUGAUGCAUACAGAGAAGAACGUUUUGGAUAACAUCAUGUAUACUCUUAUGAGUGUGAAGGGUAAAUCAAAAGACAACAUCAUGUCAAGAUUGGAUAUACAAAAAUUCUGUUCUCGGCCACAACUACAUAUUGAUAGUGAUGGUAAAGCUCCUUUCCCACCCUACACUUUGACAGAAGAAGCGAGAACAAGUUUACUAGAAUGUGUCAAACAUUCGGUGAAAUUUCCUGAUGGCUAUUCGUCAGACCUAGCUAGUUGUGUUGAUAUGGAAAAUGGAAAGUUUUCAGGCAUGAAGAGUCAUGACUGCCAUGUUUUUAUGGAACGACUACUUCCAUUUAUCUUUGCAGAACUCCUAGACCGGAACGUCCACCUUGCAUUAUCAGGGCUUGGAGCAUUUUUCCGGGACUUAUGUGCGAGAACUUUGCAUAAAAGUCGCAUUCAAAUUCUAAAACAGAACAUAAUUCAGAUCCUAUGCAAUUUGGAAAAGAUCUUUCCACCAUCAUUUUUCGACGUGAUGGAGCAUUUGCCUAUACAUCUCCCCUACGAAGCUGAAUUAGGAGGCCCUGUCCAAUAUAGGUGGAUGUUAACACGAUUUGAUCAAGGUGAAGCCCAUGAAUAUCAUGUCCCUGGAGUACCUCCUAUAUUUACUCACAUCGGCCGUCCAAGUGGAGAAAUGAAUGAAGUUUCUUACUGGAACGCCACAAAUCCAUUUCCUACCUGGGUUCAAGAGAUAGUGCAUGGACCUUUGAACAAGGUCAAAACAUGGCCAAUGUAUUUUACAAGAGGCUACUUAUUUCAUACACGUGAUCAUGGUGUUGGACAAAGGACUUGUAACUAUGGAGUCUGUGUUAAAGGUGAAAAUUACACUGAUGCAUCCGAUGCAGCGGAUUUCUACGGGACUUUAACUGAUAUCAUAGAACUCGAGUAUGAGGGGAUGGUCAAUUUGAGAAUCACACUUUUUAAGUCCUCCCAGGCGCAUCAAGUUUGCUAUAUUCCCUACCCAUACACAAAGAAACCAAGGAAGGAAUGGCUCAAUGUUUUAAAAGUUAAUCCAAGGGGAAACAUUGCAGGAGAAUAUGAGAACAAAGAACCAACUCUUUUGCAAACAGAAAAUGAUGAUGCUGUAUUGGUGACAACUAUUGAAGAUCUGGUUUUCGAUAAUUUAGAAGAAAUAAAUGAACCAAUAAAUCUUGAUUAUGAUGUCGAAGAUGCAGAACCAGAAGAUGAAUUUCAAUGUAAUUUAUCAUCUUCAGACGAUGAAGUAGAUGAAGACGAAGAUCCUCCUAACUAA